UUCACCGCGACCUCCUUAUGUUUGUGUCUUUUUUUUUUUUUUUUUUUUUUCAGAGGACAUGUCAACGCAGCAAAUGAGAGGAGAUGAGCGCAUAAACCGCAGGCUGCACAGAUAACAACACUUCUUUUUUUUUUUUUUUGGUUGUUCUUUGCGCUUUACUCUGCAUCCAGCAACAAGUUCUUCUUCCGCUAACUUACAACUUACAACUUACAACCAACACUUGUGAAACGAUGAGAGUACGACAAAAACAAUUUAAAAGUACACAGUGCAGUUUUUGUGCGUGCGUAUUUUUGUAUUUUGUAUUUGGCGUCUACAGUGAGUUUGGUGCGCGUUGUAUUCCAAGUGCGUAAUUUUUACUGUAUAUACUUUUAGGAUUUUAUGUAACUUGUUGGACUUUUUUUUUUUUUUUUUUUUGCAAUAUUUGCUUAUUUUUAUCCUACAAUUGGGUUCUGACAGUGCGCAUUUUUGCAGCCGUUUUCAUGCGGAUCCAAUAAUUGGAGACAUCACCUCAUCCAUCCAUUUAACGCGCAGACCUCAGCAGUAAUGCAACACGAGCGUUUGCUUAAAGUUCUUGUCAUCGGUGAUCUGGGGGUCGGGAAGACCUCCAUCAUCAAACGCUACGUGCACCAGGUCUUCUCCCAGCAUUACCGGGCCACUAUCGGGGUGGACUUCGCCCUCAAAGUGCUCAACUGGGAUCAUAAGACAGUGGUGAGGCUGCAGCUCUGGGACAUAGCCGGACAAGAACGCUAUGGCAACAUGACCCGGGUGUACUACAGAGAGGCAGUGGGAGCGCUGGUGGUCUUCGACAUGACCCGACUGUCAACGUUUCAGGCCGUGCUGAAGUGGAAAGGAGACCUGGACUCUAAGGUUGCUCUGAGCAACGGUCGGCCUGUUCCAACCGUCUUAUUGGCUAACAAGUGUGACCAGCGGCGUCAUGGUUUGUGUCCCAAAUUACCCAAACUGGAGAACUUCACUAAGGAAUAUGGAUUUGUUGGCUGGUUUGAAACCUCUGCGAAGGACAACACAAACAUCGACGCAGCCAUCACCUGUCUGGUGAAAAACAUCAUGUCAGCAGAAGAGGAGAAAGCCGGCGUCGAUGCGAUAACGAAAAGUGAACCAGAAGGCAGCGUUCUGGUGUUGCCUCGGUUCGACUACGACGUGAAGGAGAGGAGACUGAGCGGGUGUUCAGGAUGCACCGCCGUAAAGUCCAGAGACGCAGACGACUGAAAGGAGAGGUGAUUUAAACCAAGAGACUGGAAGGAGACGGAGAGGAGGGAAGAUAUUAUACUUAAAAUAAUGAACAUGCUGAGACUUCAACCCUCCUUACAUCUCCUGUCUUCAUAGAUGCUGCACAUGAGGAAUGUGGUAAACAUGUGGGUUUUAGUUAUAAAGUAUGUUUUAAUAACUGAAAUAUUAUUCUAAAGUAUUUUUUUUUGUGAGAAGUGAUUAUUCAUGUAAAAAAAAAAACAAAAAAAAAAUGUAUGGUUUAUAAAAGAACAGGACAGUUUAAACAAGACGGAUUUCUUCUCUUUUUCGUGGCUGCAUUUAUCAAACAAACAUUAAAUAUGAAACAAAAACAAGAAUUUGUGAGAAAAUAAAGUUUAACAAAAAAAAAAUUAAAUUGUAACUUGCAAACAAAUUGUGUUAAAUGUAUAGAGUGCCAAAGUCCCACCCUUUCUGCUGCUGUGCCCCAUGGGAUCUAACAGAAACAAUAUGAACAGAAGUCAAUGACAGGAGACGGAUAAUUAUUUAGCACUUCUGUUUUGACACCGUUUUCUGGAAGGAGACGGAGAGGAGGGAGGACAUUAUAUUUUCAACUAGAAAAGCACUCGGAGAGCACAGAUCUGUCGUCCCCCCCCCCGAUCACCACCAAAAUUUAAUCAUUUGUUCCUUGUGCCAGUAUCAACAUUUCCGGAAAAUUUCCUGAAAAUCUGUCCAUAACUUUUUCAGUUAUCUUGCUAACAGACAAACAAACAAACAAACAAACAAACCCUGGCAAAAACAUAACCUCCUUGGCAGAGGUAAUAAUGAACAUGCUGGGACUUCAACCCUACCUGUAUCUCCUGUCUUCAUAGAUGCUGCACAUGAGGAAUGUGGUUAAAGUAUAGGUUUUAAUUACAAAGUAGGUUUUAAUAACUGAACUAUUAUUCUAAAGUAUUUUUUAUGAGAAGAUUUUUUUUUCCCAACCAAAAUUGUUCAUGUAAAAAAACAUUGGUUUAUGUUUGAACAGGACAGUUCUUUUCCUUUGCUGCAUUUAUCAAACAAACAUUAAAUAUGAAACAAAAACAAGAAUUUGUGAGAAAAUAAAGUUUAACAAAAAAAAAAAAAUUAAAAUGUAACUUGCAAACAAAUUGUGUUAAAU